AUGGAGGCAGACGAUGACCCAGGGACGCCCAGGUCACGGGGCCAGGAUUCAUAUCACAACAGCGAGAGAUUUUAUUACGACAGCCCAGGAGCGCCCAGGUCACAGGGCCAGGGUUCGUAUUACGGCAGCCCAGGAGCGUCCAGGUUACAGGGCCAGGGUUCGUAUUACGACAGCCCGGGAGCGCCCAGGUCACAGGGCCAGGGUUCGUAUUACGACAGCCCGGGAGCGCCCAGGUCACAGGGCCAGGGUUCGUGUUACGACAGCCCGAGAGCGCCCAGGUCACAGGGCCGGGUAAGGUAUUAUGACAUCCCACCAUCACCUAGAUCACGAAGCCAGGCACUGUAUCAUAACGACCUAGGAGCACACAGGUCAGGUUACGACAAUGACGACUACAGCUACAGAAGAGGUAGAGGCAGCCGCAGACAUCGACGCAGUCCGUCAGAAAGAGGCAGUCGCAGACGUCUACGCGGUCCGUCAGAAGGAGGCAGCCGCAGACAUCCACGCAGCCCGUCAGAAAGAGUCAGCCGCAAACGUCGACGCAGCUCGACAGAAAAAACUGGUGAGCACUAUGAUAGUUAUAUGAAACGGCCAAGGUUAUCAGAAUCAAACGGGGAAAAUCGCGACUCUGCUGUCCUAGAUAAGUUUCUUGAUGUGUUGAAGGAGUUUAAACGGUCUGAUAAACCGAAACUUUCCUUUAAUACUAAUGUUGUACCCGAAUUCGACCCGAUGUCAAAGGAACAGACUGUAUUAAAUUGGCUUACAAAGGUCGAAGAAUGCGCCAGUAUAUACCAAUGGGACGAUAGGGAAUUGAUCCACUAUGCUCUCCCCAAACUCACGGGCGUUGCAAAAACCUGGUACCAAGGUCUGUCUAGCGUCUUAUUCACAUGGCCCGAGUGGAAGAAAAAGCUCAUUGAAUCAUUUCCCUGUCGCGAGGAUUUCGCUGAGAUUCUUACAGAAAUGCUCUCAAAAAGGGCCCGUUAUGGAGAAUCACUGGAACAGUACUAUUACGCGAAGGUAAAUCUCCUAAACAGGUGCAAAAUAUACGGGAGACAAGCUGUUGAUUGUAUUCUCUACGGCGUCGAUGAUCGCGCAGUAAAAGUAGGUGCUCAAGCAGCCCAGUUCUCUGAACCUGAACAAGUCCUGAAGUAUUUUAGAACAGUGAAGGUGGGACAGAUAAGAGACAAAGAUAUUCAAGAUUCUUCUCGAAAGUUUCGCCAAAAUGACUACAGGAAUAAGUCUGCCCGGCCUCAGAUGUCGAAGGACGCAUCGAAAGACAACUCUAACAACGGCGAGCUAUGUUUCAAUUGCAGUGAAACUGGACACCGCGCCAGUAAAUGUAAGAAACCUACUGCCACAUGCACAUAUUGCGACAAAAGGAAUCACUUGGCAGAGCACUGUUUUAAGCGACUGCGCGAGGCUAACGAUGUGAAAGUGGAGGAAGCACGAGGGAAAGAGCGUAAGGAGAAGCAAGUUGCCGCAGUACAGGUGGGUGACGCAAAUAAUAAAUAUAAAAUGGACGUCAAAGUUAACAAUUCUACGAUUAAAUGUUUUGUAGAUCUAGGCAGCGAAUGCUCGCUAAUAACGAUUAAUGCAGCCAAACAGUUAAAUCUGGAUAUUGACACAUCUGAGGAACUCCCAGUACUGAACACCGUAGGAGCUAAUUUGGUAUCACCUGUGGUUAUAGUAACAAGCAGUGUCGAAGUUCAAGGCAUAAAGGAAGUUAUUGAUCUAUAUGUCGUUGAAAACCAUGUGAUUAAACGACCAGUUUUACUGGGCCAUUCCUUCACAGAAAAACCGGACAUCACAAUAAUUAAAACUUCAAAAGAACUUAUCUUCAUCAAGACCGCAAAUGGCAAGUUACACCUGAAGGUGGGUAAUCAAGUCUCCCUGCCAUGCAAUAUGUUGACACCAGUCACUGUGGAGUCGACGUCUCUCGUUACUGGAACCAUUAUCAUUAACGGCUCACUAAGAGGAGCAGAAGGAAAAAAAUAUUACUUGCUCCCGGGACAAUACGACAUCAACUCCGGUACCAGCACACUGCUCCUUCUGAAUGCAUCGUCUGACGUAAUUACUCUGAAUAGUGGUUUACUUUUGACGCGUGCCGAGUUCAAGCCAGCCGACGACGGUGACGACACCACAUACGACUGCUGUGGGGUGACAUUCGAUGAAAAGAAGGUUGAUGAGUCAGUUAACUGUGGUCCAAGUGUGACCAAGGAAGAACGUCUGAAGCUUCAACAACUUUUGUCCAAAUACGGCGAUUGCUUUUCCAAAAGUCUCGAUGACCUAGGCUUCACGAAGGUAUCAGAAAUGGUUAUCGAACUUGAAGAGUCAACUCCGGUGGUUUACCGCCCAUACCGUAUGUCAUACGCCGAAAGAACACUGGUAAGAAAUAUGGUUCAAGAAAUGCUCGAUAGUGAGAUUGUAAGGGAGUCUUCGUCACCAUAUGCGAGCCCUAUAGUUCUAGUCCAAAAAAAGACCGGCGAGAAGCGCUUGUGCGUGGACUACAGGGCCCUUAACCGCAAAACUAAGAAGGACCAUUACCCACUCCCCAGAGUUGAAGAUCAACUGGACCAGCUCUCCGGAAACACGUUAUUCACUUCCCUGGAUUUGGCAUCGGGAUACUAUCAGAUCCCUAUUUCGGAGGAGUCACGACAUAAAACAGCUUUUGUCACACCUGACGGACAAUAUGAGUAUAACCGGAUGCCGUUCGGACUUGUCAAUGCGCCGUCAGUGUUCCAGAGGACAAUAAACAAAAUUUUGUCGGAAGCCAAAGUUAAGUAUGCCAUUGUCUAUAUGGACGACAUUUUAAUCCCGUCAAAAGAUGUUGAUGAGGGAUUACAAAGACUGGCAGAAGUGCUUAACUUACUCAAGGAAGGAGGCCUAACGCUAAAAUUAAAUUGCAAUGCCCUCAGAUAUACACUUACCAAACGCGACGUUAUUUCACGGGUGGCAAGAUGGUGGGUACAGAUACAAGAAUAUGAUUGUUCCAUCGAAUAUCGACCCGGUGCACGCAUGCUACACGCAGAUGCACUUAGUCGCCACCCUGUUGACGACAGCGUACAAGAAUCUCACGUUCUGGAUGUACUACUCACUACGGAAGUGAGUGACCAAGACUGGAUCUCGACUGUCCAGAGCGCGGAUGCAGAAAUUAAAAAAAUAAAGGAAACACUCAGUGACCCAAAUUCCGAACAGGUAAUUGACUACCUUAAUAACUAUAAACUUAAAAAUGACCGUGUCUACCGUAUCGUGGCUGACGAAUUAAAAUGGGUAGUGCCAAAGAGUGUUCGCUGGCAAAUACUUCAAAAGAACCACGAUGAUGUCGGACAUUGUGGGUUUGACAAAACACUUCAGGAAACACUAUUGGUUCGCCAAAAUGAGACGGUUCGUUAAAAAGUAUGUCGCA